AUGGACACCAUCAGCAAGAAGGAUAAACGCCGGCACCAGAUCGUGCUGCGGCUCUCGAAACUUGACUCCACGCUCAUGGUGGACCGCGACAGCUUCUACCGGGUGCUGCUUCAUAACCUUCAAACUACCCUUGCCACCCUCCAACAAGGCACCAACCCUGAAUUCCUAGCCCAAAAACAACAGGUGGAAGUCAGCAGAGAUUUCGACCUCACGCAGUUGCGCCUCUGGGAAGAGUACCAGGUGAAGCGCUGCGAGGUGGAGUACAAGGCGGACUUGGCCACCGCCAAGGAAAACCAUGAUAAGAUGAUUCGACUCUUGAAGGAAAAACUCUACGAUAAGCUCCAGAAGGAAAUUAAACAACUCAAGGAAGAUAAACUUCUUUUGAACCUCGUGAACGCUAACCUGUGGAGUGCCAUGGGCCACGAUGCCAACACGGCGGCCCUCAACGCAGUGGCUGGCCAUGCGUUGACGGGUCGGCGGUCUCUUCGAAAACGGGAGUUGAGUCUGCGGUUCACCCCAGGCGAAAAGGACGAUCUCUCCGACGGCGGCGGCCACUCGGCCGGCUACACUUCCACCGCCGGCAAGCGCCAGCGCCACUAUGCCACCCGGUACCUGUCCAACGACGAGAUGUCGUCGGCUCCUCCUCAGGGAUACUCCCAUGCGCAUCUGAAACUCAACCAGCAACACACCAGCGGCAUGUCCAGCGGCAGCGGCAACGACAGCAACCUUAGUGACAAGGACUACGAUGCGUUGAACUCGAUCAUCAUGAACAACGAGUUGGGUGGUACCGGCUUGAUACUAGCGGAUCCCAAUACUCAUUCUCGUGCUCACACGCGAGCGCAGCACAAACAAUUUGUGGGGGUUCAGGGCUUGAAGCCAGAAGAGUUGAACGACGACUUGUCGAUGUUGCGCAACGCCAUUGUGAAGAAGGGCAAGUAG